AUGACAAUUGGUUUAAAUAAAAGAAGGGAAUUAAGAGCUAAAGUAAGAAGUUUACAGCAAGAACUUACUAAAGUUUCAAUGGAACGAAAUUUUUUGUCUGAAGAACAUGCCAAAGUAAAGAAAUGUGAAGAAGAUUUAGUGAUUUGUGAAAGCGAAAAGAUGAUUUUACAAAAUGAACUUAGAAGGUUAGAAAAAGAGAUAUCUUUAAAGAAAAAAUCAAUUAAUACAAACACAGUGAAUAUAUCAAAUACGAAUUCAAAUAAUGACUCCAAACAAAAUGAAAUCGAGAAAAUAGUUGAUAACACAGAAAGUGGGAAUGAAGAUAUGGAUCAAGAAGAAGAGAAACAAUCUACUAUUACAAAGAAUGAAACAAGUUCUCCAUAUCUUCCAGUAAAAUCAAUUAAAAUCAAGGGGAAUAUUUGCUUUAAAGCAACAUAUAACUCUAACACAUAA